GUCCUCCUGCAAAGUUGAGAUAAGAUAAAAACGUUCAUCUCACGCUGCACAGCACAGAAGUGAUGACGAGCUGCACUUUCAGCUGACAUUUUUAAUCCCUGGGUUUUGCCUGUCAGGUUGUGGUCAUCCCAGGAGUCUGCAGACGACAUUCAGGGCUGACAAAAUGCUGCAAGGUUAUGUUUCUCAGUAUCACAAGUUCUACAGAGUUCACAAGAGACCGGAGAGGACCCAAACCCAGGAAGCCAGACAAAGAGGAAAAAAAGCAAGAGCAGCACUGCAGCAAGUCGCUUUCUGACUUAAGUCUUUCCAAACAAACGUGCACUUCCACGUCCAGUGGACACAGACGUACUGUGAAUCUGCUUCCAGCUGACAAAUACUCACUGAAGACCUGAAGAUGAGUGAAUGUGGAUCUGACAGAGGAUCAGCAUCUUCCACAGUCAGCGUCAUGUCUGCACGAAGCGACCACUCCAAAGACUAUCCUCCAGACAUAAGUCCUGCUGGUGACGGAAGACGGACACCUCAAAGCAAAGCCUCGUUUAGACUCACUGAAGACCUGAAGAUGAGUGAAUGUGGAACUGACAGAGGAUCAGCAUCUUCCACAGUCAGCUUCAUGUCUGCACGAAGCGACCACUCCAAAGACUAUCCCCCAGACAUAAGUCCUGCUGCUGCACAAACAAGUGACCAGACUACAUCCCACAUUCAGCAGAAACAGGACACCCUGACGGUGUUUGAAUCUAAGACCAUCGCUUUUCUAAAGCAAGCUCUAAAACCCCACCGGAAGGUCCUUUCUGCAGAGCUGUGUGAGGAAGAUGAGCAGGAAGACACACUGUUUGAUCUACCAGUUGAGUCCAAUGUUGAAGUAAAUGAAGCAAGUGAAGCAGCUCUGAAGAUUGCCCUCCAUAUUUUGAGGACCAUGAAAAAGGAUAAACACGCUCAUAUGCUCGAGCAAAGACAUUAUGGAGAACUUCCCAUGUACCAAAAGAAACGCAAAUCUUCUGUGAAGAGGAAAAAUGAAGGCAUAUUGGAAGAGAUAACUUCACAGCAGUGGCCUGUACCUCUUAAAAAGAUUUACACAAAGCUCUAUCUGACAGAAGGGGACAGUGGAGAGGUCAACAACCAGCAUGAAGUGAGACAAAUUGAGGCAGAGUUCAACAGACGCAAAUCUGCUGAGAUUCUGAUUAAGUGUGAGGACAUCUUUAAGCCCUUGCCGAACCAACAAGGCAGAACAAUCAGAACGGUUCUCACCAAAGGGAUAGCAGGCAUCGGCAAAACGGUGCUGGCACAGAAGUUCAUGCUGGACUGGUCAGAAGAGAAGGCCAAUCAAGACAUUCAGCUCUUGUUUUCACUUCCUUUUAGGGAGCUGAAUUUGAUUAAAAAUGAAACAAAGAGUUUCAUGGAGAUCCUGUAUGACUUCACUCCAGACCUAAAAGAAUCUGGACUCACGGACCUGAAGAUGUUCAAGGUCCUGUUUGUACUUGAUGGUCUCGACGAGUGCAGGCUCCCUCUGAAUUUCAAGAGAAAUGAGAGAUGUUGUGAUGCUACGCAGUUAGCCUCAGUGGAUGUGCUGCUGACAAACCUCAUUGCAGGUAACUUGCUACCAAAUGCUAUUCUGUGGAUAAGUACCCGACCUGCUGCAGCCAGCUGCAUCCCUCCACAGUACAUAGACCGCAUCACUGAGAUACGAGGCUUCAACAACCUACAGAAGGAGCAGUACUUCCACAAGAAAAUUGAUGAUGAAAACUUAGCCAAAAGAGUAAUCGCAAAUUUAAAAUCGACAAGAAGUCUCUACAUCAUGUGCCACGUCCCCGUGUUUUGCUGGAUUUCCUCUAUUGUCCUGGGAGAGAUGUGUGCCAAAGCAGCAGGAGGAAAAAUGCCAAAGACUUUGACUCAGAUGUACAUCCACUUUGUGGCACAUCAGACCGCUCAGAGGCAUGCCAGAUACUAUGAAGAGCAACAAUUGGACUUCCAAGACAGUCAUGCUGUGAUUAUGUCACUUGGGAAGUUGGCCUUUGAGCAGCUGGAGAAAGGCAACCUGAUCUUCUAUGAGGAGGAUCUCAGAGACUGUGGUAUUGAUGUCAAAGAAGCAUCUGUCUACUCAGGAGUGUGCACGCAAGUCUUUAGGGAAGAGUCCUGCAUGCAGCACAAAGUCUUCUGCUUUGUACAUCUCUCUGUCCAGGAGUUUCUCGCAGCCUUGUAUGUCCAUGUGAAGUACAGGGUCAGCGGUGUGAACCUGUUGAUCAAAGGACCUGAACAGAUGGCCCAAGCCAGGCCUCUGUCAGAACUGCACAAAGCUGCAGUGGACAGAGCAUUACACAAUGACAACGGCCACUUUGACCUCUUCCUGCGUUUCCUCCUUGGACUCUCUGUGAAGCACAGUCAGGAUCUGCUCAGAGGCCUGAAGAUUCAGGUAGAAGCCUCCAGCCUCCAAAGUAGUGAGGAAACCAUCAAAUACAUCAAGGAGAAAAUAAAUCAGACUGACCAUCCAGAGAGGUACAUCAAUCUCUUCCACUGCCUGAAUGAGUUGAAGGACUGCUCUCUGAUGGACGAGAUCCAGAACCACUUGGACUCAGAUGGACAGUUGGUGAUGGACAGGUGCUCUCCAGCUCAGUGGGCAGCCCUGGUCUUUUUGUUGCUGACCUCUCCAGAAAGGCCAGAGGAGAUCCACCUCAAGAAAUACUCCAGGACAGAAGAGGGCCUUUCUCGGCUGAUGCCGGCUAUCAAAGCAUCCAGCUCAGCCAUGCUGAAUGACUGUAAUCUCACUGCAGGCUGCUCGCAGACACUCAUCUCCAUUCUCAGCUCAAGUUCUAAUGAGCUGAAUCAUUUAAACUUAAGUGACAACAGCUUGCAAGAUGCAGGAAUCAAACAGCUCUGCGCUGGACUCCAAAGUCCUCACUGCAGACUGAAGACGCUGAGGCUGAAUCGCUGUGGUCUCACGCAGCUGAGCUGUGAAGAUCUGGCUUCAGUCCUGAGUUGUCCCACAUCAACUCUUAAAGAGCUGGACUUGAGUGACAACGACAUUGAAGACUCAGGAGUGCAGCUGCUCUCCACAGGACUGAAAGAUGUGCGCUGUAAACUGGAAACUCUCAGGUUGUCGUUCUGUAACAUCACAGAAGAAGGUUGUCGUUUCUUGGCCUCGGCAGUGAAGGCCAACCUGUCCCAACUGAGCGAGUUGGAUCUGAGCUACAAUCACCUUGGACAGGGAGCGAAGCUCAUCGCUAAAGCACUGGAGGAAGGACAAUGUGAAUUCACUAAGCUUAGGGUCAACCACAAUGCUGAACACUGGUUCAAACCAGGACUGAGACAACAUGCAUGCGAGCUUACAGUGGAUCUUAACACUGCUCACAAACUCCUCAUCAUCUCUGAUGACCACCAAAACAUUAGUCAUGGCAGUGAGGAGCAGCCAUAUCCCGAUCACCCUGACAGGUUUGACUACUGGGCCCAAGUCAUGUUCGAGCAGGGCCUAAAGGGCCGCUGUUACUGGGAGGUGGAGUGGGAAGGAAAAUGGGCCGGGAUCGGAGUGACCUACAAGACAAUCGGUCGCAAAGGGCCAGAAAAUGAAUGUGUGAUGGGAUACAAUGAACGGUCUUGGAGUCUGCAUUGCUCCGGUCGAGGCUACCGUGCAUAUCACAACUUCGAGAGCGUCAUUCCUCAUGUGCCCCUGGAUGAUUCUCGUGGACUGGCUGUGUAUCUGGACUGGGACGCUGGCAUCCUGUCCUUCUACAGAGUUUCUUCUGGACGGUCGCUGACACACCUGCACACCUUUUUCACCAAAUUCACUGAGCCUCUCCACCCAAUUUUCAGGUUGUGGGGGAGGGGCUGCUCAGUGAGGCUGUGUCAGGUGAAAUAAUCUGCCAGAGAAGAGGCUUCACUUAGUCACAGCAUGCUAGUGAAGAGUCAGCAUGGUCUUAUUAACGUUUAAUACUCUGAUCAGACAUUUACUAACAUAACCCAUCGUGUUCUGAAGACAAAAGUAACUUACCAUUAAUAAUACAAUAUAAAUAUAUAAAACAGCAAACUUAACAAACCAACCAGUCCAGCACGACGUGAUAGAAAAUGUGUUGUAAAAGAGGUGUGUGUGUGUGGCCAUCCAAAGUGCCGGACACUGGGCUCUGCCCCAGGCAGAAUGUACAUAGAUAUGUAUUUACUGAGAUGGGCCUGUUCCUCAGGGUUUGGGCCCCUGACCUCCAGUGAAGGGAAAUCUUAAUGCUUCAGCACACCAAGACAUUUUGGACAAUGCUAUGCUUCCAACUUUGUGGCAACAGUUUGUUGAAGGCCCUUUUCUAUUCCAGCAUGACUGUGCCCCAGUGCACAAAGCAAAGCUCCAUAAAGUUUGGUGUGGAAGAACUUGACUGGCCCACACAGAGCCCGGAGUCCCAUUUGGUGUAAUGUUCUGGUGUCUCAAUACCUUUGUCUAUAUAGUGUAUGUCACAGAGAGCACCAGAAGCUUGUAAUGUAAUGUUUCAUUUUGUUUCUUCACCUGUUGACAGCAUAGACCUGUUUAGUUAGUGAGUGACACCUGACAGCUAUGGGUUUGUGUCUGCAGGAUAACCUUUGACUUUUGUCGCUCUUCUUCAUUGACUGAUGUCUGGCUACUUAUAAUGUAGAUUCUCUUAAGUUACACAUUUAUUAUUUGUCUAUUGUUCUUUUUUUAAUUUUUAUUUUGUGUACAGUACAUUAACAGAAUACAUCAUUUAUUGGUUGCCUAAGAGAUAGAAACUACCAGUUAUAAAGCUCAGCUUCUCAACAUAGCGAGUUCACUUCUUCUCUCUACAAAGUCUUCAGUCUUGGUUUCUUGUGCAUUAUGUUCAAUAAUCUAUUACACUGCACCAUCUUUAUCUUCCUCCUCUUUGUGUUGGCGUCUUGGGGAGGCUGAGCGAAUGGCGAAUAAGCGCUAAAUGAGUGGAUUUCUGUUGGAGGGAUGCUUUUCCUCUUCAGGGACAAAUAAAGGAAUUCUGAUUCUGA